AAACAGUAAAUAAAAAAUAAAGAAUUAAAAAAAAAAAAAGACCUCAACGAACUUGAAGCAAGCACCUCUCCUCUCCAUCUCCUCUCUCAUAUCCCACCCACCUUCUCUCUACAAACUAAACUCUUAGAGAGAGAGAGAGAGAGAGAGAGAGAGAAGAAUGAAACUCUCCAUGCUACAGCAGAGCUACAUGAACCGCCGAAGCGCAAGUUUUAGAGGAUCAUCAGCACCCUUAGAUUCAUCCACAGACAACACAAUCAAAUCACCAGCCGCGAUCUUUUGGCUCCUUCUACAUGGCUUCUGCUGUCUCAUCAGUCUUGUCCUCGGCUUUCGCUUCUCUCGUCUCGUUUUCUUCUUCCUCUUCUCCACCUCCACCACUACAACUCUCUACAUAGCGACACCGCUCCCCCAUCUCACCAAAACGAAUAAUAACAUCAAUGAUCUCCCCCUUGAAAUCCCGGUUAUCAACAAAACGCUGAGUUCGAGUUCCAGAGUUGUGGUCGGGCGUCACGGGAUCCGGAUCCGGCCAUGGCCGCACCCGAACCCGAGUGAAGUAAUGAAGGCGCAUCAGAUAAUAGAGACUGUUCAGAGAGAGCAAAGGACUCAAUUCGGUGUGAAGAGUCCUAGGACCCUUAUUGUAGUCACGCCCACUUAUGUACGGACUUUCCAAACUUUACAUUUGACUGGCGUUAUGCAUUCUCUGAUGUUGGUCCCCUACGACGUCGUCUGGAUCGUGGUGGAGGCCGGUGGUGCCACCAAUGAAACUGCUUCCAUUAUCGCCAAAUCGAGUAUCAAGACUUUUCAUAUUGGAUUUACUCAGAAAAUGCCGAAUUCUUGGGAAGGAAGGCACAAAUUGGAGACUAAAAUGCGACUUCGAGCUUUGAGAGUUGUGAGAGAGGAGAUGAUGGAUGGAAUAGUGAUGUUUGCGGAUGAUAGUAACAUGCAUAGUAUGGAACUAUUUGAUGAGAUACAAAAUGUGAAAUGGUUUGGUGCGGUUUCGGUUGGGAUUCUGGCUCAUUCUGGUGGUGGUGGUGGUGAGUCGUCUUCAGCUGUGGCUGAGAAGGAUGUGAAACCGAAUUUGUCUAAUCCAGCAAUGCCUGUUCAGGGACCAGCUUGUAAUGCUUCUAACAAAUUGGUUGGUUGGCAUACGUUUAAUUCAUUGCCGUAUGAGGGGAAGAGUGCCGUUUAUAUCGAUGAUAGAGCUACAGUGUUGCCUAGAAAGCUUGAGUGGGCUGGGUUUGUGUUGAAUUCAAGGUUGCUUUUGAAGGAAGCUCAGGAUAAGCCUGAAUGGGUUAAGGAUCUUGAUUUGGUUGAUGAGAAUAUAGAGAGUCCUUUAGCUUUGCUGAAGGAUCCUUCUAUGGUAGAGCCACUUGGGAGCUGUGGGCGACAAGUUUUGCUGUGGUGGCUUCGUGUUGAAGCUCGUGCUGAUAGCAAAUUCCCUCCAGGAUGGAUAAUUGACCCACCGUUGGAAAUUACUGUGCCAUCAAAACGAACACCAUGGCCAGAUGCUCCUCCUGAACUCCCUUCCAACAAAAAGUUAACAAUUAACCAAGAGCAGACUAUUAAGCGUUCUCCAAAGACUCGAUCACCCCGAUCAAAACGCAGAAGUAAGAGAAAGCAUGAAGCAAAGUUGGUGGAGACACAGGUUUCUACAAGGCAUUCUGAACAAAAUUGAUAAGGACAAAUCAGAGAUACUGCCUUGUGAAUUUAACUGCUGGCCUUCAGCAUGAAGAGAUUUCAUUGAUAAAGCAAAAGGCAAAUGAACUUAAUUACCAGGUGGGUGGCAGUUCCAUCUGAAAAAAAGUUCAUUAGAGCUAAUGCCAGUUGAAAUUUUUCGUCUGAGUUUGAGUCCACCACUGUUUCACAUUAUUUUGCUUUCCUUUCCUCUUUUUUUUUUUUUGGUCCUGCAUGUUGAUUGGUUGAUAUUCUGUGGGAAAGGUAUGUCAUCAUAGGCUCCUUACCUCUGCUGCCAAGAAAUGCCAGGAUCUUGUGUCUGAUAUGUGUCAAAUUAUAUAUACAAAUCUUCUAAAUAGGAAUAUAGAGUCUGUGUAGCUGUUGGAUUCAGCAGAAAUGAAACCCGUUGUAAUUCUUUCAUUGCUUGCAAAGAUGAUAAUGGACCGUGUACUUCGCCUAUUUUGAAUUAUACAAAAUAAUGGCCUGAACGUCAAAGAUUAUGGCCAAAUCGGAAA